AUGGGCGAUCGAGAGGAUCAAGGACAUGGUCUUGCCAUGACAUACUGUGCAAGGAGCCCAGUCAAUAUAGAUGCAACCCCCUCUAGCCGAGCAGAUAUCCUCAGUGCCGCUUGGCAGCCCGUCGAGUCGGCCCAUGGUCGUCUUGGCUCGUCGUCUGUUGUCGGCGCCAAGGUACAGCCAGCUCGCCUCGAGACGCCUCUCCCGGCGCGGCACGGCAGCUUGGCCGUCGGACAAGCCACCAAGACGCGAGCCUCAUCGCUUGGCGAAUGCUUGCCAUGGACGACGCCCGCAAAAAGCUAG